AUGUACACUCCAUCAAAACCUUAUAUUUAUCCAAGCACUUCUUAUCCUAGAACAACAGCUUCGACAUUAGCAUAUUCUUCUUAUAUCCCAAAUACUUAUUUAGGAGUAAGAAAAUAAAUUACAAGCACAGCCCCAAGACCACACGAAUGGACUGAAUAUUAGCCUGUUGAAAAAAAAUAUAUUGAUUACAUUCCAGAAACAAAAAUAGAAUAUCGUCCAAUUGAAAGAACUUAUUAAGAUUUUGUAGAAAUUAAACAUGUAACUGAUUAUGAACCUGUUAAAAGAGUUGAAAAAAGAAUUGAAUAUGUACCUGUAGAUCAUUAUGAUGAAUAUAUUGAUUAUUACCCUAAAUAAUAUUCAUAUUAUACUAGAUCACCUUAAGAUGUUGAUUUAAGGGCUUCUUAAGUUUAAUCUUAAAUUCUUAACCCAGUUUAUUCUAGUAGAUAUAAUGGAUAAGUUAGUGGAAAUCCUUAUAGAUCUACGUAUUACAGAUCACCCUAUUCUUAUUAUUAAUGA